AUGGCGUUCCUCAACCAUCUGUUUCUAACCGACAUUCUAGAAGCCGUUCGCUCUGAAUUUAGUACCAUCAACCGGGAGUUGCAACGAGUCAUCAACCGUACAGAUCUAAACCUCAUUUUUCCUCUAACAAAAAUCUCAAAAAUCAAACAACUUGAAGAAAACGACAAGACUUUCAGUAUUCUACGAAUCGAACAGUUGUCUUUUCUUCACUACAACUUGGUCCAUCAACUCCACCAAGUGAACAAACUUUUUGACAUUACCAUCAUCAUAUCCAUGAUGCUGUGGUUCGGCUACGUCAUAAUCCUCACGUAUCAGUUUAUGGAAACCGUUGUCGAUGGUUACACACUAGAUUUCGCAGCAACUUUCUACUUAACAACCAACCUACUUUUUUUUUAUUUGUGGCUUUUAAUUCUGAUUCGCACGUUCAGCCGCACUCAAAGAGAGGCGAACAAGACUUCUGCCUAUGUUCACCAAAUAUGGAAUCAGUACUAUAGGAAAGGACGUCUGGACGAAAAAACGCGUCAUCUGCAACUGAUCUCGAUUAGGAUGCUUAACACUAAGUUGAGUUUCACAGCCAGAAAUUUUUUCAGUUUGGAUGAAACCUUUUUCCAUACUAUGUUGGCGGCGAUUGUAACAUACGUGGUGAUUUUGGUCCAGUUCGGUUUUAGCAGUUUUUAA